AUGUAUAUUAUAUUUAAUUUCAAGUUUUAUCAGAAUGUGUGCAAUCGUUUGUGGGCUUUCGAGCGCUUUCCCAAUCGCGUCCUCCGAGGUCUGGACAACGCUAUCAUCUAUACAUCCAAUAAGGAGGCCUGUCUUGCGGCCUGUCUUAAUGAGGUGCGAUUUGUCUGCAGAUCUGUUGAGUUUAAUUACCUGACACUACAGUGUCAUCUCAGCGAAUAUGACAGACGAAGUCCCGGCGCUUUUCCCGUAGAUCUAGUCGAGAGUCAAGGAGUGGAUUACUUCGAGAAUGCGUGCCUUCAGUCCGACGAUAUAUGUCAGGACCAAAGGGCCUACGAUUACGCUAAGCUGGGAAUGCCAUUGAAUAAAGUGGCCCAUUAUGUCGAACUCAACUAUUACCCCGAUAAAGAAUUACUGACAGGCCGCAAGACAGGCCUCCUUAUUGGAUGUAUAGAUGAUAGCGUUGUCCAGACCUCGGAGGACGCGAUUGGGAAAGCGCUCGAAAGCCCACAAACGAUUGCACACAUUCUCUGUGUUCAAGACAUACAAUAA